AUGAUGAAGUUCUCGUCGCUGACCCUUGCCGCGAUUUUGCAAGGAUGCGUAGAUGCGCGAAUGCUCGGUCGACGGGAUUCAAGUGUUGUUAAUUCCAAGUUUAACGUCUUGGAUUAUGUUGAUCCAUUGAUUGGGACGGCAAAUGGAGGCCAUGUCUUUGCUGGUGCUUCAAUGCCAUUUGGUAUGGCAAAGUCAGUUGCGGACUCUUCAGUGGACAAUCAGGGCGGUUUCGCGUCAGAUAGUCCAAGUAUAAGCGGAUUCUCGCAUAUGCAUGACUCUGGAACUGGUGGUAGUGCAUCAUUGGGAAACUUUCCCAUCUUCCCCAACCCUGGCUGUCCAAACGACGACCUCAACCAAUGUGUUUAUCGCUAUAUAGAUCGAUCAGUUGGUUUCAGCAAUGCGACCUUGAUCGCACAAGCUGGCUACUUCAGUAUCGACCUCGAUAGCGGCAUCAAGGGCGAAAUUACAGUCACAAACCAUACAGUCUUGUAUCGAUUUACCUUCCCGUCAGGCGUGACUACUGCACCCAUGAUAUUUGCCGAUUUGAUUGAUCUGCCGCAGUCCAGAUCGAACGGCACUGCCUCCGUUAAUGACAUGAGUGGACGUAUCACUGGCUCGGGAACGUUCAAUCCCAGUUUCGGAAUCGGCAGUUAUGAUCUCCAUUUCUGUGCUGAUUUCUCCGGGGCGGAUAUCUUCGACACGGGUGUGUUUGUGAAUAAUCGUGCCGGCAAUGAGCCCAAAACUGUAUCUACCAUGUACGAUGGAGUGAAUAAUGACGAGUCUUAUUCAGCGGGGGCUUUUAUUCGUUUCAAAGCCGGAACGACCUCUGUCGUUGCCAGAGUCGGUGUUAGUUUCAUUAGCGUUGAUCAGGCAUGCUCCAAUGGAGAGAAGGAGAUUCCUGAUUUUGAUUUUGAUGGCACAAAACAGACAGCGCAGGAUAGAUGGAGGGAGAAAUUGAGUGCCAUAAGUGUUGAUGCUACGGGCGUUUCUACGGAGUUGCAAACUGUUUUCUGGAGUGGUGUGUACAGAGCUUUGCUGAGCCCUCAGGAUUAUACGGGCGAAAAUCCUUUAUGGGAGAGCACGGAGCCAUACUAUGAUAGCUAUUACUGUAUCUGGGACUCCUACCGAUCCAUCCACCAACUAAUCACUCUUAUCGAUCCCCUCUCACAAUCCCGCAUGAUCCGAAGCCUGAUCGACAUCUAUCGACACGAAGGCUAUCUCCCUGAUUGCCGCAUGUCCCUAUGCAAAGGCUUCACGCAAGGUGGUUCAAACGCUGAUGUCUUGAUAGCUGAAGCAUACUUGAAAAAUAUCACCGACAUCGACUGGGCCACGGCUUACAAGGCUGUCAUUCAAGACGCUGAAGUCGAGCCGCAAAACUGGGUUAUUGAAGGUCGUGGUGGUUUGGCGAGCUGGAAGAACCUUGGUUAUAUUCCGACCGACGACUUUGAUCCAUAUGGACAGGGACUGCUUACGAGGAGUAUCUCGCGGACCGUUGAAUACGCAUAUGACGACUACUGUAUUGCGUUACUUGCCAAAGCUCUUAGCAAGUGGGACGAUUAUCAUAAAUACAUGAAACGCGCCACGAAUUGGCGCAAUAUGUUUGACGCCAAUACCGCAUCACUCGGAUACACUGGCUUUCUGCAAGUCAAGUACUCGAACGGAACAUGGGGCUAUCAAGAUCCACAGUUCUGUAGCCCUCUGAUGAACUUUACAAGCUGUUACCUGGAUCCUGCCGGCCACGAGACUUACGAAGGUAGCACAUGGCUCUACACCUUCUACGUCCCCCAAGACAUGGCCUCCCUAAUCACCGCGCUGGGCGGACGAGAUGCCUUCAUCCAACGACUGACCUACUUGCACAAUUCGGGGCUUCUGUAUGUUGGCGACGAACAAGCCUUUUUGACCGUGCACCAAUUCCACUACGGCGGCCGACCUGCGCUAUCCACAAAACAGAUUCACGCAUACAUCCCCUCACAAUUUAACACCAGUAUUAAUGGUAUCCCCGGAAACGACGACAGCGGCGCAAUGGGCUCAUUCUCAACCUUGAGUAUGAUUGGCCUUUGGCCCGUUCAUGGGCAGGACGUUUAUCUCAUCAAUCCGCCAUUUUUUAAGGAGGUUAAUGUUACCCAUGGGAUUACGGGCAAAGUUGCUACUAUACGGAAUCUGAAUUUUGAUCCGAGUUAUGCAAAUAUCUAUAUCCAGAAUGUGAUGAGGGAUGGGGAGCCGUGGACGAAGAAUUGGAUUCAGCAUGACUUUUUCGAGAAGGGAGGUGUGUUGGAGAUUAUGACCGGGAGCAGUGAGAGUACAUGGGGGACAAAGACGGAGGAUUUGCCUCCUAGUAUCGCUUCUUAUGACUUUUAG